AUGAUCCACAGCCUGUUUCUUAUAAACUGUUCUGGUGAUAUAUUCUUGGAGAAGCACUGGAAGAGUGUUGUGAGCCAGUCUGUGUGUGACUAUUUCUUUGAAGCUCAGGAGAAAGCAAUCGAUGUUGAGAAUGUGCCUCCUGUCAUCUCAACACCGCAUCACUACCUCAUCAGCAUCUAUCGGGAUAAAAUCUUCUUUGUGUCUGUCAUACAGACAGAAGUGCCACCACUCUUUGUAAUUGAAUUUCUGCACCGAGUAGCAGAUACUUUCCAGGAUUACUUUGGUGAAUGUUCUGAGACUGCAAUUAAGGACAAUGUAGUUAUUGUGUAUGAACUUCUAGAAGAAAUGUUAGACAAUGGCUUUCCACUGGCAACAGAAUCUAACAUACUGAAGGAGCUGAUUAAGCCUCCCACAAUUUUGCGUUCCGUUGUCAACUCCAUCACAGGCAGUAGUAAUGUGGGUGACACACUUCCCACUGGACAGUUGUCCAACAUUCCUUGGCGCAGAGCAGGGGUAAAAUACACAAACAAUGAAGCCUAUUUUGAUGUCAUUGAAGAAAUUGAUGCAAUUAUAGACAAAGCAGGUUCCACAGUGUUUGCAGAAAUCCAAGGUGUUAUUGAUUCAUGUAUUAAGCUCUCNGGAAUGCCAGAUCUUUCUCUUUCUUUCAUGAAUCCACGGCUGCUGGAUGACGUCAGCUUCCACCCAUGUAUUCGGUUCAAACGCUGGGAGUCUGAGAGAGUUCUUUCCUUUAUUCCUCCCGAUGGGAAUUUCAGAUUGAUCUCCUACCGUGUCAGUUCACAGAACUUAGUGGCCAUUCCUGUAUAUGUGAAACAUGUGAUCAGUUUUAAGGAAAAUAGUUCUUCAGGAAGAUUUGAUGUUACCAUUGGACCAAAACAGAAUAUGGGGAAAACAGUAGAAGGAGUUGUCAUGACAGUUCACAUGCCAAAGGCUGUACUUAACAUGAACCUCACCUCUACACAAGGCAGCUACACAUUUGACCCAGUUACUAAGGUGUUAACUUGGGAUGUUGGCAAAAUCACCCCUCAAAAGCUACCAAACCUGAAAGGCAUAGUGAACCUGCAGUCUGGAGCCCCCAAGCCAGAGGAGAAUCCAAGUUUAAACAUCCAGUUUAAGAUACAACAGCUUGCAAUUUCAGGACUGAAAGUGAAUCGUCUAGACAUGUAUGGAGAAAAAUACAAGCCUUUUAAAGGUGUCAAAUAUAUUACAAAAGCAGGAAAAUUCCAAGUCAGGACAUAAGAAGAUCCUCCUCUUCCAGGAGAAAAUUCCCCUUAAAAAAAAAAAAACAAACUUGACUGCUUAGUGACUUAUGUUGCUAUAAUUAGGUGCCAAAUAAUUAAGACAUUGAUUAGUUUGGGAUCAAAGAAAUUGUGCAGAGCACCUCUUAAAAUGAAGGCAUAGCUUAGAUUUUCUUAUUAUGGCUUUAAAAUAAGGUACUUUUUUUCUAAUACACAUUCACCUUUUUUUUUUUUACUGAAUUGUGAAUAGUUUGAUGUAGGUGAUCCACAGGAUGUCAAAC